AUGCACUUCACUCAAGUACUCGCUUUCGCUUCAAUUGCAUCCUUCGCAGCUGCCAUUGGCGGUGACUCUGGCAGCUCUGGUGGCUCUGGCGGCUCUGGAUCUUCUGGAUCUGGCGGUGAAUCUGGCGGUGACUCCGGCAGCUCUGGAUCUUCUGGAUCCUCUGGCGGUGAAUCUGGCGGUUCCAGUGAAUCGCUGGCUCCAAUGAGCGGAAACAGUGGAAGCUCCGGUGGUAGCUCCGGUGGUAGCUCUGGCGGUCUCGGAGGUGCUAACGCUUCUGCCGCUUCUGGCUCUCCCUCUGAGUCGGGCUCCUCGGGCGCUUCAGGCUCCUCUGGCUCCUCAGGUUCUGGCUCUUCGGGUUCUGGCUCAUCUGAAUCUUCUGGCUCUGGAUCCUCUGGCUCGUUGGACUCGUCGCUGUCUGAGUCGUCUGGCUCAAGCUCUGGCUCCAAAUCCGGCUCCAGCUCUUCCGCUGAGGGCUCCUCGGGCGCCUCCGCGUCUGCUUCAGCUGGUGCGGGCGCCAAAGCUGCCGGUGGUGCUGUUGCUGUGGCCGCCGUUGUUGGUAACUUUUUGCUCUAA